AUGGGACCAUGGUUAAAUGCAUCAUUGAUAGAUGGAUUCAUCCUCUUGGGCAUCUUCUCCCAUAGCCAGACUGACUUUGUUCUCUUCUCUAUGGUCAUGAUAGUCUUCACAGUAGCCCUCUGUGGGAAUGUUCUCCUCGUCCUCCUCAUCUACACUGACCCUCGACUUCAUACCCCCAUGUACUUCUUCCUCAGUCAGCUUUCCCUCAUGGACCUCAUGUUAGUCUGUAACAUUGUGCCAAAGAUGGCAGUCAACUUCCUGUCUGGCAGGAAGUCCAUCUCCUUUGUUGGUUGUGGCAUACAAAUCGGAUUUUUUGUCUCUCUUGUGGGCUCCGAGGGGCUCUUGCUGGGACUCAUGGCUUAUGAUCGCUAUGUGGCCAUCAGCCACCCACUUCACUAUCCAAUCCUCAUGAGUCAGAAAGUCUGUCUUCAGAUUGUUGGGAGCUCCUGGGCCUUUGGGAUCCUUGAUGGAAUGAUUCAGAUGGUGGCAGCCAUGAGCUUGCCCUACUGUGGCUCAAGAUACGUGGAUCACUUCUUCUGCGAGGUGCCAGCUUUACUGAAACUAGCCUGUGCAGACACAUCCCUUUUUGACACCCUACUCUUUGCUUGCUGUGUUUUCAUGCUUCUUCUUCCCUUCUCCAUCAUCGUGGCAUCCUAUGCUCGCAUCCUGGGGGCUGUUCUCCGGAUGCGAUCUGCUCAAGCCCGAAAAAAGGCUCUAGCCACCUGUUCCUCCCACCUGACAGCUGUCUCUCUAUUCUAUGGGGCAGCCAUGUUCAUCUACUUAAGGCCAAGGCGAUAUCGGGCUCCUAGCCAUGACAAAGUGGUCUCUAUCUUCUACACGGUCCUUACUCCUAUGCUCAACCCCCUCAUUUAUAGCCUGAGGAACCGGGAGGUGAUGGGGGCACUGAGGAAGGGGCUGGGCCGCUGCAAGAUUGGCAGCCAGGACUGAAAAGUUAUGGUCUAGUGCCUUGGCCUACCUGCUGGUUGUAUGGCAUUGGUAAGUCACCUACCUUUUGUGAAUAUCUGUUUCUUCAUCAGUAAAUGAAAAUCUUAACACUGGCCCUCCCUCACAGGGAUUUCUAAGGAAUCAUUCUACAUAAAUCUAAAGCCUCAUCAGGGAGCAAGGCUUCACUGUUAUUGAUUGCUAUGACACCCUGGAAUUAAAUUUGCUCU